AUGAAGCACCCACCUCCUUCUAUAAGGGACCCACCUCCUAUCAUGAAGGACCCACCUCAUGUCAUGAAGAACCCCCCUCCUUCCACGAUGGACCUACCUCUUUCCAUGAAGGACCCACCUCUUUCCAUGAAGGACCCACCUCUUUCCAUGAAGGACCCACCUCUUUCCAUGAAGGACCCACCUCUUUCCAUGAAGGACCCACCUCAUGUCAUGAAGGACCCACCUCAUGUCAUGAAAGACCCACCUCAUGUCAGACUUAUGAAGGACCCACCUCCUUCCAUGAAGGAACCACCUUAUGUCAUGAAGGACCUACCUCCUUCCAUGAAGGACCCACCUCAUGUCAUGAAGAACCCCCCUCCUUCCACGAUGGACCCACCUCAUGUCAUGAAGUACCUACCUCUUUCCAUGAAGGACCCACCUCCUUCCAUGAAGGACCCACCUCCUUCCAUGAAGGACCCACCUCAUGUCAUGAAGGACCUACCUCAUUUCAUGAAAGACCCACCUCCUAUCAUGAAAGGCCCACCUCAUGUCAGACUUAUGAAGGACCCACCUCCUUCCAUGAAGGACCCACCUCAUGUCAUGAAGAACCUACCUCCUGCCAUGAAGGACCCACCUCAUGUCAUGAAGGACCCACUUCAUGUCAUGAGGAACCCACCUCCUUCCAUGAAGGACCCACCUCAUGUCAUGAAGAACCCACCUUAUGUCAUGAAGGACCCACCUCAUGUCAUGAAGGGCCCACCUCAUAUCAUGAAGGACCCACCUCAUGUCAUGAAGGGCCCACCUCAUAUCAUGAAGGACCCACCUCAUGUAACUGGAAGAAGGGAGAAGACUCAGAGCUAA